AUGCCCAGAGUAAAGAGCCUCGAUACGUUCAUCGAGUCGGCAUCGGCGUUGUUGGCCGCAUAUCCUUCAUCCACCACGUUGUCGGUGACAUACACCAACGUCCACAAGAAGCAGCAACAAGGCAAGGUGUCCAAAGACUCCAAGUCUAACAAGGCCACUCAUUCCGUCAGCACCAAGUUGUUCGAGCCCAGCUCGGGCAAAUGCAUCAAAUACACCACCUACAAGAUAAAGGAGUUGUCCAGAAUCCUCACAUUCAUCGGCCCCAAGGGAGUCAAUGUGAUAACCCAGACUAAGACCAACGAGGGGGAGGAAGAAACCGUACAUAAGGUAGGAUUGGCCAGCAUAAUGAGCAACACCAAGUUUGAGGAUGUCCCAGAAGAGGAGCCUGUUAAGGAAGAGGUCAAGGAGAAGGCUCCAGUGGUGGAGCCAUCUGCGUCGAAGAAGAAGAGCAAGAAGAAGAAGGGCAAGAAGUAA